UAUGCCUUCAAGUGACAAUGCUGUACAAGGAACAAAUGAUAGUAGUAGUUUAAGUAAAGCCUCAGCCGCCAAUCUAGGUUACUUUCAAGAUAGUUAUAUCAAAUACUUUACUUCAAAAAAAGUUCGUCGAUCUCCACUCAUUAAUAGAGGAUAUUACAUAAGGCAAGAGGCUGUUACAAAUACUGUAAUUCAGUUUUUAAAUACUAAAACCUUCGCCGGCAUCGAGAAGCAGGUUAUAUCUCUUGGUGCUGGUUUUGAUACCUUAUACUUUCGUCUGUUGGAAAAAGACUUGAAACAGGAAUUAACUUUCUUGGACGUCGAUUUCCCAACCGUAAUAAGUAGGAAAGUCAACUGUAUCAGUGCCAUACGAAAUCAUAAAAUUAUUAGUGAAGAUGAUGAUAAACAUCGGUUGGAUCCAAACUACUUUUUGGCUGGCCUCGAUAUGUGCCAACCUAAUUUCUUGAAAAAUUUCCUUUCAAUAUUAAACUGGGCAGGCAUGAGUAGGUAUGUUCCUACCCUUGUGCUCUGCGAAGUUGUCUUACCCUAUUUGGACAGCGAUAAAUAUGAGUUAAUUAUAAAUAACAUCACAAAAAUAUUCCCCAACCUAGCGUUUGUUGCAUAUGAGCAAGUAUUGACAGAAAACUGCUUCACCAAUGUAAUGCUUCAACAUUUCGAAACAAUUGGAACUCCUUUAAGAAGUAUAGUAAAGUGGCCAACGGUAGCUGAACGCCUCAACAUAUUCUCUGAAUAUGAUAGUGCAUGCGACAAGUUUUUCACCUGCAACAUGAACGAAUACAUUAAACAUUAUCUAAACGAAGAGGAAUUAGAUAGAAUUGAUGAAUUAGAACCUUUCGAUGAACACGAAGAAUUCGUGCUCAAGUGCUGGCAUUACAUACUCUUUAUUGCAACUAAAGGAUUGUGUUCGAUGGUAGAAUAUCCUCAAAGUUUCGUUCCAAGUCCCAAGAGUUUUAUUAGUGGUAAUCUCGAUUUGAAGCUACUUGCGAUGAAGCCAUAUAUGUGCUACGGACAUUCGGCAACAAAAUUUGGUCGAAAUGUUUUACUAAUAGGAGGAUUUGGUCGUUCACCUGACGGUAGCGAUAGCCGAGUUAAAGACAUUAAAUGUUUCCAUCCAGAUAUCGUCAACUUCAAGCCUAUAUCUAGUGAAAUUCCCCUUGAGCUAAUGCAUCACACAUCUCAUUCAAUAAGUGACACUGAAACCCUUUGUAUCGGUGGUAGGAAAUCUCCCCGACAAAUUAAUUCAGAUCUCUACCUCAUUAAAGAGAGUAUGAAAGAAAAUGAGAUUGACAUUGCGGAGAUAAAAUGCAACUGUCACAAGGAACUUUUGCAGAGAUGGCGUCAUGCAGGAGAUAUUAUAACCUUAAACGGAAGGAGAGGAAUAUUUAUCCAUGGCGGGAAAAGAAACGGUAAAAUCAUAAGUGAUCCCAUUAUUGUUUGGUUAGACAAUUAUUCUAUUGAAAAAAUUGAAUUUAAAACUGAGUUACCUUAUCUUCAUUCUCAUACCAUAACUGCAAUAUCCAACGAUACAGCCGUACUUAUUGGCGGCUUGGCGAAAUCAGGAACAUCUUCUUCUGCAGUAUAUCGAUUAAAUUUUAAGGAAAGCACGUACGAAAAAAUUCUCGAUCGUUCUAUUUGUUCAAGAUUUUCACAUACCGUUCAUUACCUCAAUGACAAGCUAAUAAUAAUUGGAGGUGUAAGUUAUGACUCACAAUUACCCGAUGUGAGUGUAGUUUGUCUUAAUAGAUUAAGCGUUUUAAGUAAUUAUACGUUACAAGCAGAAGAGGAUACUCGGCUUGCCUUCCAUUGUCAUGCUUCUGUUCUUGUCAACGAUAAUAUAUAUAUAUUUGGAGGAGGGGGCAACUACUUCUCAAUGGAAAACUUACAAUUUGAGUCUUCUCAGAGCGUCUUACUCUUAUGGGAUUCUCUGCAAGCGUCUGCUUUGCCAGAGAUUGUACAAUUUAUCGAAAAUAGAGUUGGAAAAUCGGGUCGUGUUCAAUGUGAAAAUGUGUCUAUGUUGACAAAAUCGAAUCACAAGGCAUCGAAUUUCGAUUUGGCCAUAAGCGGUUUCCCUUUACCUUCAUUUACUGUGCAUAGUAAUGAUCUCUUGGAGGAAAUUGCUCGAAUACUUAAACCAGGUGGAAAGUUACACGUCGUUGAAGCUAUAACUGAUUCAAGAACAGAAAGUCAAAUAGCGUCCUCACUAAAACUUUCAGGCUUCAUAUCAAUAGAAAAGAAAUCAUUAAAAAUUGAAGAAAAUCUUUUAAAAGCCUACCAGGAACAUUUAAAAGCAAACAACCUGUCAUUAAAUCUAUUCACUUCUUCGAAGCCCAAUUUCGAAAUUGGUGCGAAAAUAGCCUUGAAAUUACCUGGCAUGACAGCUCCAGCUCCUCAACAAACUGUGUGGGCCUUAAACGCAGACGAUGCGAAUGAUGAUAUGGACAUUAUUGACACUGAUGAUUUACUUGAUGAUGCAGACUUAAAAAAACCCGACGCUGAAUCCCUUAGAGCAUCAUGUGGAGAUGCACAGAAAAAGAAGAAAGCUUGCAAAAAUUGUACAUGUGGGCUUGCUGAAGAGUUGGAAAAUGAAGAAAAAUCAAAAGCACCAGCUCCGAAAUCAAGUUGCGGAAGUUGUUACUUAGGCGAUGCUUUUAGGUGUGCAAGUUGCCCUUAUCUAGGUAGGCCUGCUUUCAAGCCAGGUGAAAAAGUCUCUCUGACCGAUACUCAAAUGAAAGCAGACAUAUAA